UGGUGGUGGGUUGGCAAGUGGGCAAAAGUAGUGAGAAUAAGAGAGAAAGAGAAGUACGAGUAAUAUUGAGCAAAUGAGUGAGUGAAUCGAAGAGCGGAAGAGAAAAAGAGAGAGAGACAGGAGCAGCCAGAAGAGCAGAGCGAUCGAGAAAAACAUAGGGAGUAAAGAGCAGGAGCGAGAAAAUAAGACAGUGGAGAAAAGGGCUUGAGGGAAACAAAAUAAGUUUGUGCGGGGAAAAAAGUAAAGCAGGGUAUCCGAAUAAAGGGCGCAGAAAAAUCGUGAGAAUAAAAGAGACAGAAAAGUGCAAGUGCACCGACGCCGAGAGUGCCUCCAGAGAGGUGUACGGGUACGGGUGUGCGGAAGUUUGGCGGCGCGCGUUCGUUCCUGUUGGAAAGAGGGUGAGAGGGAGAGAGAAUAAGAGUGCGAGGGCAUAUAUUCCGUCAUCCCUGUGCGCGAUCGAUAAAGGCCCCCCGGAACCGGGCAUUCGUAUUUCCGCAAUAAUUCUCUCCAUGUGACGUUGUAAACGUCGAGGAGAGAGGGAGAAAGAGAAGUGUUUCGCGCACGUGCUUAAUUUGCGUGAAACGCGGGUAUUCAGAGAAAUUAUACCAAGUGUUCAACAAUACAUAGAGUGUACACAAUCGUUCGAGCUUGCGGAAUCGUGCGUUGGUGCGGUUGAUGGCAAGCAAGGAUUAGAUUGAGCGCCAAAGUGAAGGGGGGGUCCGACGGAGGAAGAAAGAGAUUUUGUUACUCUCGGUUAUUUUCCUUUUUUUCUUAGUUGUUUUACUUUAUUAACGCCAUGUCUCGGUAUGGACCAAUCAGCUGCUCGGUGAAUCGCCGUAAGAGCUCGAAUCUCCGUUCACGGGACGAAUGACAACAAAAGAGAUAGUCCGAUAAGAGCGCAGUGUUGCUCCGUUAGAGGCCAAAACACGGUCUUCCCGUGCAUAAACAUCCCACGUUUAUUCCUCUUCGGACAUAUCCAAAAAAACACGUUUCCUCGUGUCUUCACUUUUUUGUUUUUCCCUUAUUUUCUGUUUUUUCUUAACGUUGCGCGGACGCCUUGCUGGUACGGGGGGAGGGGGGCCCACGGGUGCCGGACGUUUGGGGGGUGGGGGAGCUCGCGCAAUAAAGUGGCAACAGGCGCGAAAAGGUUAACGAGGGGAUAAUGAAGAGAAGAAAUGCCGAGUGCGGCAAGCUCCGGAGGCCCUUGAAACGCAACAAAAUCACCGAAGGAAUCUAUGGAAGCACACUGCUCUAUCUGAAGUUUCUGCUACUAUGGGCCAUGGUGAUUCUGGCAGAUUUCAUUUUGGAAUUCAGGUUUGAAUUCUUGUGGCCUUUUUGGCUACUACUUCGAAGCGUUUACGAUUCGUUCAAGUACCAAGGCUUGGCCUUCUCAGUAUUUUUCAUUUGCAUCGCCCUAACGUCUGAUAUGAUUUGCUUUUUUUUUAUCCCUGUUCACUGGCUAUUUUUCGCAGCCAGUACAUACGUUUGGGUGCAAUACGUCUGGCACACGGAUAAAGGUGUGUGCUUACCCACCGUUAUGUUGUGGUUACUCUUCCUCUACAUAGAAGCUGCUGUGAGAUUGCGAGACUUGCGACACAUGCCCUUUCAUCUGGAUCUGUGUAGGCCUUUCGCUGCACAUUGCAUUGGCUAUCCUGUUGUAACUUUGGGCUUUGGUUUCAAAAGUUAUGUCGGAUACAGAAUGAGACAGAGAAAACAAAAAGAUGUAGCGAAAGAGAACGAGUUCUACCUGCAGUUAUUGCAACAAGCUUUACCAGCGGAUCAACAGACCUCGCCAACGCAGCAGCUUCAGUCCCAGGCACAGCCACAUGCUCAGCUUAUCACAGCUGAGCAAAACACAAAGUCUCAACCGCACAGGCCAGCCCCACAGUACAAUCCAAGUCCGGAAAAGAGUAGAGGUAGAUCUAGCGGUUCUUCUGUAGAGACGAGUAUACAGAACGGUGGUGUGCCAAAUGGUACGAGUGGUGUUUCGCCAGCACAAAGUGCAACGACAAAGAACAAUCACAGAAAGUCUUUGGACAAGGGUGAAAAACAGGAGGAACAACAACACAAACACAAUACCGGAAAUUCGUCACAGUCCGAGAAAAGUGACAAGAGAUUUGUUCACAGUAAUGGAACGACGGUCUCGCACAGCGAUAUACAAUUUAUCGAGAGAGUCAGUUCGGUGAACGAUUUCGAUGUGAAUGAGGUUGAGAAAGACAAAACGUCAAAGGGCAGCGGAGGAUCAGGAGGCGGAGGUAGCACAUCGCACAAUUCCGUGAAGACACAGUCAAAUGGUUCGGCAGGUGGCAAAUGGAACAACGUCAAAGAAAGCAGAGAUUCGUCAACCUCGGUGAACGGUCAACGCGAACGGAAAGGACGACAGGCCAAAAGUACAAUCGACACUUUGGUUGAACAACAGAAACAACAAGACGAAUAUUGUCAGAGGGUAUUGCUAUGUCGCAAACUCGAGGCUGACAUAAAACGCUUGAAAUCGGAUUUGCAAAUCAGCCGACAGAUUGAACAGGAACUUCGAUCUUUAAUUAAUAAUUUGGUCAUUGGCGAGCGACAAGCUAAAAAAGAAAUUCAACAGUUACAGAACGACAAUGAGCAGCUGCAAAACAAAUUGCACGGGCUCGUUACCGCUCGCCAAGUUGACAAACAGACAAUGUCGUCUCUGGAAAGACGAAUAGCGGAGGAACGAAGACAACGGACAGCUUGUGAAGCUUCGUUAGUAAGCGAGAGACGAGCACGAAGAGUCGCCGAGGAGGCGAGAUCGUCGAUACCGCCACCACUCCCGCCGCUUGUCCGACAAGAGUGCACGGACGCUUGCAAAAGUCGAACAGCACAAAUGGAUCAGGAUAUCAAGACUCUGAGACGAGAGAUCAAAAGUAAGGACGAGAGAUGCCAAGCUUUGGAAAAGGAUUCUUCCCGAUGCAAGGAUAAUCAUGGUGAAACCGAAAUCUUGCUCGGCGCUCUCAGUGCUUUACAGGACAAAAAUUCACAUCUCGAAAAUAGUCUCAGCGCGGAAACGCGAAUAAAACUCGAUCUCUUUUCCGCCCUUGGUGAAGCUAAACGUCAACUUGAGAUUCGUGAAAGUUUGAUCAGAUCGCAGGAAAAAGAGAUCGAUCUGCUCAAGGCAAAAAUAGCGCAGGAUCUUGCAGUAAUGCCACAGGAUUCGUUCGGGCCAGCUCCAACGUGUUCGACGUCCAAGUUACGGUUGAACAACGAUGUCCGAGUGGGUGGUUCGAAGAUGCGAGGUAACGAGAGUCCGUGUCCGGGCUGUACAGUUUCGAACCUCGAUCCGAACGCGACAGCUUACACACCGAAGGGCUCGUUGGUUGCCUCAACCGAAGCUUGAAUUCGCCACGUUUCUCGCCAUGUCACGAAAUCCGCGCUCGCGUUCACCGCUACCUUGAUAUGGAACUGACGUACAGACUGCAAAACGGAGAAAAAAGGAAAGCAUGUUUCUGAUUUCUUUCUACGCGAAUAAUGAAAGGAGAAAAACAAAAAAAAACAUAAAACAUAAGAAACGAAUUGGGUGAUCGUGAGUAUCGGUAUAAUCGUAGUUCAAGUACACACAACAAGCCCUCCACGAUGCUACGUUGCUGAUUUCCUCCUCUCAUUUUCUUUUCUUUUAAAUGUCAUUUCGUCUCGUCUGGUUGAGAAAAAAAUCUCGUUGAUUAGAACUAUCCAUCGUUCGAUCAAGCGAGUGAAACAAGUGACUUUCCUUUUCUACACAUUUUUUAUUUUCGAAGUAGAUCAAUGAACGGAGAUGUCGAGAAUAUAUUCAUACUUUUAUUUCCAAACAAAGGACUAAAUUUCGAUUUAACACUCGAACUUGGUUUAUUAUUAUUCUUUUUUUAAUAUUCUUAACGUUUCGUACGUUUGAAUCGACGGUAAAAUUCAACUUGUUGCCUGUGAAGGUUUUCUCUUCUUUCAAAAAUCUUCCGUAUACAAAACACGUGAAAUUUUCUGUUUUUCAAUGUGAAUUUCGGAACGAAAUUUACACGAUCGCAGAUUGUUCGUGAAUUUGGCGCACGCUCCAGGCUCUUCUAUUGUCUCGGAGCUCAGAAGCUAAAUGCUUUUCCAAUUCUCUUCGAAUCUUGCGUUCCACCUUUUUUUUAUCUGUGAAACAUUUUUGUUCCUACAAUCGAUAUUAACCCACAUACGCGCGCAGACACCUACAUCGCGACGUUAAUUUUCAAAGGACUGGAAAAAAGUGCAGGCUAGUCAUGAAAUUUUUCGAUUUUUCCCGACUGCUAGAUCAAACAAAAAUAAGUCCGCCUUGUAGUCUCUAUUCGCAAUCGUUCAUUCUCUUAUUUCAUCGGAAAUUAAUCGAUUUAUUUUGUUAUUUCGUCGUAGCCAUGGACACUCGGAAUUCAGCCACGCUUUGUGUCUUUCGCGGAUGCAAAUUUUAUUUUUUUUUUCCUUUAUUCAUUAUUUCCUAAUUUAAUUUUCUGAAGCGUCUUUUUGAUUAGUCGUAUGUGAAGAAAAUCACUUUCUUUCCGACAUUUCGAGUACACGCAUGCCCGUUUAUUUAUUGAAGCGGGGCAUCGUCAUGACAAUUGCUUUCAUCAUCAUUUUUCGUUUCUCUUCUUUUUUCAUCGGCAUCCCACCGUCCCAGUGAACUAGUCAACCGGAAGCAGUUUUGGAGCACAAAUACAUUAAAUUUAGCACUUAAUUUCAUCUUCUCGUCAUUUUCUAUAUCAUCAACACUCAGAUAAGCCAUAGAAUAUCUGAAACUUGAUUCUCUGUGGAAUAGGGUAUUUCAUAUAAGUUUUACGAUAAAACUUUUUUUUUUUAUUUUUUUUUUUUCAUCCUUCACAUUCGCAGCGAAACUGAUAAAAAAGCAAAAGGUUUUACGAAAAGUCUUUCAUUUUUUAAAUUAUAUCUCAGCCCCCCGAUAAUUAUAAAUGGCGAGUAAGAUUUGUGCUCACAAAUACGUGCACUAUUAUACGUAGGACGAGAAUCAUCAAAAAAUCCUUUUUCUUUUCUUCGCAUGAAUUUCGUUUUAUUAAAAAGACGGAAAAAAAUAGAACAAAAAUCUUGCAGUCUAAAAGAAGAAGCAAUAACAUUUUUUUUACGGCGCAACAUGAAAAAUCUUUGUGCUGAAGAAAAAAUAGCUAACCCAUACUGUGAAAAAUCGUUCCCAGUUUUUUUUUU